AUGAGAAGUGCAAGAAGACUGAGGUACAUGGCAAAACUAUCUGUGUAUGAUAAGAGUGAGCAGGCUGUGUUUAAUAAUGAGAGUGUCGGAGCUGAUGAAGUGGUGCCUGUGCCUCAAACUCUGGUGGAAACCAUUGGACAGACCCGCAGGUUUAUUGUCAAGGUAUCCGCUCAUAACCUCACUGGGAAGACACAGACCAUCACUGUGACUAAGGUGCUCCCACCAGAACAGCCCCAGCUCCCUAUUGAAGAUGCUGUUGAUGAGAAGACUGAAGGGAUUUCUGGUGGACAUGGUUCAGAGGAGGUUACCAGUGGCUAA